CCUUAAAAUAUUUUUCUUAAAGGACAAUGGCUGUCCCAGGGAGGAAAGUCAGUGAUGACAAUCUUACAGUUUUCUGCCAGCCCUGUGACAGAGAUGGGGAAAGAUUGGCUGCACAUGGCUACUGCAAGAAUUGUUGUGAACAUUUAUGUGAAUCCUGCCACAAACAUCACAAGAGACAUACUCUUUCCCGAGAUCACAUUUUAGUAGACAAAACCAACAUGCCACAGACAAUACAACCGCCUUCAAAUUUUCAUUAUCAACAGCAUGAUGACUUUACAAAACCGUGUCAUAAGCACAAACGGGAAGCCAUAAAGUUUUACUGUCAAGACCAUAAUGAACUACUCUGCAGUGUUUGUGUUACUCUUGGCCACCAAUCUACUUCUUGCAAAGUGGGCUAUAUACCCGAUAUCUCUGAAAAUGUCAUUGACGGCAAAGAGUACUUAGAAAUGUUGAAAACAAUGGAUUCAAUGUCUGAGCAAUUCCGUAAAAUACAAGACCGUAUAUACAGAUUAACCGUUAAAGCAAACAAGACAUUGGCAAAUGUAUUAGAAGACAUAGAGUUGUUCCGGAAAGGAAUCAAUCAGAAAUUAGAUGAACUUGAAAAACAAGCUGUAGUUGAAGUAAAUGUCUUUCAAGAUGAAAAUAUAAAGAUGCUUAAAGAAGUUGAGAAAGCAUGUAACGACAGAACAAGAGAUUUGUGGACAUCCUGUGAUUCAAUGAAGCGACUUAACUGUUCGAAACAAGCAGAAAAGCUCUUUAUGGAAGUAAAAAGUGCUGAGAGAAUGAUAGAAGACUGUGAAAAAAGGCUAGUAGAGUUAGCCAAAUUUAAAGUACAUGGUUACAGCUUUACACCUAAUGAAACAAUAACAUCAAAAAAUUCUUUGGGUAUAUUAGUACACAAAACAAUGCGUGAUGAAAGUACAACUAAAGAGUCUAUGAUAUUUGAAAGGGAACUAUCUUACCAUGAUUAUAUAUGUGUGGAGACAGCAAAAGAUAAACCAAUGUGCUGGAUAACUGGAAUGACUCUUCUUACUCCUAAUAUUCUUGUUAUCACCGAUAAUCAUAACAUGGCUGUAAAGUUGGCUGAUACAUGUAGUAAAUCUGUGACUGAUCGACUACAGCUAGAUUCUGAGCCUUAUGAUAUCACCUCGGUGACUGGUACUGAACUGGCUGUCACACUUCCUUACAGUGACACAAUUCAGUUUAUAGCGAUCUCUUCGAACAAACUAAAACAACAGCACACUAUAAAGGUUGAUGGAAACUGUUGGGGUAUAAGCUGUUACCAAGAUAAACUUGUUGUAUCAUUUUGUGACCCUGCAAAACUCCAGAUCCUGGACAUGGAUGGUAUUGUUUUGAAAACAUUUCAAGAUAAAAAUAUUUUCAAAAAUCCGUUGUUUGUCGAGGCUGUCAGUAGUUCAAUCUAUAUUUCUGACAAUGUAAUGAAUAGACUGACCAGGAUUAACUGGUAUGGGCAGGUGAUUGGUAGCUACUGUGAUAUGGAUGAACCUAGAGGAAUAACACUGUCAGAUGAUGACACUGUCUUUGUGUGUUAUAAAGAAAGACGUGUUUUAAAAGAAAUAUCAAGAGACUUGUUUGCAGGAAAUGUGUUGAAGGUUAUAAAAUGGCCACAAGCUGUUUGUUGGUGUAGUGAAACAAAGAAGCUGUACCUCAGCAGCGAUAAUGCAAAUUACGAUUACGACGACUACGAUAACUUUCUGCACAUCUAUGAUGAAAUGUCUUAGACACUAAUACAUGCAUUUGCAAGAAUCACACAUCACAUGUGCUGAAGUUUUAAAACCAUUAGCAAGAUAGUUAAAUGGGAGGCAAUUAAAUAAAAUUGCCAGUUGACAAAAUCGUUAGUAAAACGCGUUUAUUAUAGCCGUUUCUAGACUUCAACAUAUAAAAUUUACAAGAUUCGACUAUACUCGUAGACUGCCUGUCAUAAGCCAAUCAAAACGGAUAAAUAAAUUCCACGUGAUUACAAAAUAAACACCAAAUACCUUAAAAAGGGGCGCCUACGGGGGACGACAACUGCCAAUUUUUUGUCUGGUUACCUGUAUUUAUAAUUGAAAUACUAUCUUCAUGAACGAAGCUCAAAACCAGUGGGUAGAUCUAACAGGGUCAAGUAUAUUAGGAAUAGUUCUCUUUCCAUUCUCGAAACAUUAGCUCUGUUGUUCAGGAAGAAGCCUUUGUCACCAAAUAAAUAUUUUCGAAUAUCUGGCUGAACGGCGAUUCCUCGCGUUUUUGGAAAUGCUUAAACUUCUUCUAUACAAAUUCUCCUGCGAUAGAAACCUAUAAAAGUAAAAAGACACUUGAAUCAACAUGGUCACGUCUCUUUAUAGUCCAUAUUCAUUUACAUUCAACCGCACAAAUUUAACAAAUUUUUCAAUUUUCAGUCUAUAGAACAGCUUUACAUAAAAGUUAAAAAUGAUCGAUAUCUAUUUAACUAUUUAACAAUGCAAAUUUUUAAAGUUUAAGCCCAUGAGAUCGUAUAUGAUUAACUUUUGAUUAAUUUGAACUGAAUAUGACAAAAAAGUAUUUAAAUUUGUUGAAUACUUGUAACUUCGAAAACAGAUGAGAAAAACAACAUCUCAGUGUACGUUUGAAAGGAUUCUACUGUGUUUGUUAAAUGUUUGUUUUAAUCAUUUGUUGUCUUCUUUUAAACUUUAUGUCCUGGAAACUAGUCAUUUUGCUUUUUUUCAUGAAUCAGAAUUAGAGACGAUAAGAUAUAAAGUUAAAAAAGAAAACAAUUUAAAAAAAAUCUUAUAGCGUAACUUACAGUGUAACUUCUGAAAACCAACACCUAUGGGACUAGUAAAAAAGUUCGGAAUUUGGAAGUUUCCCGAAUUCAGAAAUUCGGAAUUGUCUGAACAAGUAGAAACACUAAACAUCAAUUGUUUAAGAAGACCACAGACACUUGGGGUGUGGAGCUCAAAAAACCUUUAAAAUCUAAAUAAAAUGCAUAUUUGUCAACCCCAGCACAUGUACUGAUCAUAUAUAUAUUGACAAAUAUGCAUUUUAUUUGGAUUUUAAAGGUUUUUUGAGCUCCACACCCCAAGUGUCGGUGAAGAAGACAUGAUGAAAAAUGUAUGAAGCUGAUUAUAUUCAUAUAUGGCAAAAUUACAGGACUUUUAAAAAAGUUUAUAGCUAUAUUAAAUAUCUUUGUCAUCUAUAACUGAAUUUGUUAAUACAAUAGCAUAAUGUUAAUUAUCGAAAUUUAUUCUGUUGUAUAAUUCAUGUAGUACCAGCUAUUAACCUUUAAUCUUUGUUUUUCGGGAUACGGACAAAAGCCC